AUGUCUACUUCUGAAAAAAAACUUCGUAAAACUCAAAAGCACAAAUCAAAGAAAAAUGUUACUUUUGAUACCCAAACGCGAACUUCUCCUCAAACUAAAUUAUCAAAAAAACAACACCUUCUUAAACAAUCACUUGAAACUCGUCAAAGUUUUGAACUAUUAAGUCUUGAAUGGCAAGAAAAACUUUAUGAAACUGUCUCUUUGGAUCUUUUACGUGAUUCGGCAAAAUAUUUAUUACCGCAUCAUUAUGAAGAAAUAAUUGAAGAAAGAAACGCAAGUAAAUUGUGUGGGUACCCCAUUUGUUCAAAACCUCAACAAUUAAUUCAAGGUCAAUACAGAAUCUCAUAUCAUGCAAGAAAAAUCUAUGAUAUAUCUAAAUUAAAAAGUUAUUGUUCAACAUCAUGCUUUGUUUCUUCUAAAUUUUUCUCUGUUCAACUAUCGGAUGAACCCUUGUAUUUGAGAAAUUUACAAAAUUGGAAAUCAGUGGAUGUAAUCCCACUUGGAGUAAAUCCUAGUGAUCUAAUAAAACAAGAUCUGUCUAAAAAUGACAUUAUUCAUCCUGAUUUAAAUCAACGUACUGAUUAUAUAAAAAAUUUGAUGGCUGAUCUUCCACCUGCACCUGUGGAAUUAAUAAUCAAGGAAAAGGAAGACCAUGAAUUGAGUACACCAUUGGCUCCAUCACCUAAUCAACAAGAUACAUAUAAUGUUGUAGAAGGUUUUCAUCUAAAUUCUCAAAAUGUGAAAAAUCUUAAAAAUGAGAGUACACAUUCUUCUAUCGAUUCAGAUACUAAACACUUGGAUUUUCAAAAUGAUGAAAAUGAGAGUAUACAAUCUUUUGCCGAUUCAGAUACUAAACACUUAGAUAUUCAAAAUGAUAAAAUUGUAGAUAAAAUUAUAGAUGAAAAUGUAGAUAAAGUUGUAGAUGAAUAUUUAGAUAAAAAUGUAGAUGAGAACGUAGAUGAAAAUGUAGAAGGAAGUACACAAUCUACCAAUUCAGUUACUAAAAAAACAUUACCUCAAAAAAAAAUCGUAAAGAAAAAAAAGAAAGCCGUUUUACAAAUGUCAUUGUUUGGUAAAAUCUGGACAGCUCUAGAUAGAAUGACAACACCGAGAACCAGGAAACAUUUUCAGGGUGUGAACUCUCUUACUUUAAAUAAUGAUGAUUCAUCACCACUUUGUGAUGAUGUUAUGAUUAUGAGACUUCAAAUUUUCACAGAGAAAAUCAUGCAAUGUUUCAACCUUCUUAAGAAACAACUUCAUAUCACUGCCAAUAUUGAAAGUGAACUUAUUGAACUAACAAGUACUUUUACUUUUGAUAAUUCUUCUGUUAUGCUCACCGAUUUAGAAAACCAUAUAUUAUGUAUGGUAUUUAUAUACACAUUAUCAAUCGAUAUCCCAGAACUUUAUGAAAAUAUUUUUUCUUCAGGAAAUGAUAAAAAUGGUCCAUUUAAAGAUUUACAUGGAAGUUUAAAACUUACAAUAGAAGAGAUGGACGCAUUCGUUAGAGUACUUCGUGUUGGAUCGACAUGA